GAACAUGAUGAUGGACCUUUUUGAAACUGGCUCCUAUUUCUUCUACUUGGACGGGGAAAAUGUUACUCUGCAGCCAUUAGAAGUGGCAGAGGGCUCUCCUUUGUACCCAGGGAGUGAUGGUACCUUGUCCCCCUGCCAGGACCAAAUGCCCCCGGAAGCUGGCAGCGACAGCAGCGGAGAGGAGCACAUCCUGGCGCCCCCAGGCCUGCAGCCCCCCCACUGCCCCGGCCAAUGUCUGAUCUGGGCUUGCAAGACCUGCAAGAGAAAAUCUGCCCCCACUGACCGGCGGAAAGCUGCCACUCUGCGCGAGCGGAGGCGCCUAAAGAAAAUCAACGAGGCCUUCGAGGCACUGAAGCGGCGGACUGUGGCCAACCCCAACCAGAGGCUGCCCAAGGUGGAGAUUCUGCGGAGCGCCAUCAGCUACAUUGAGCGGCUGCAGGACCUGCUCCAUCAGCUGGAUCAGCAGGAAAAAAUGCAGGAGCUAGGGGUGGACCCCUUCAGCUACAGACCCAAGCAAGAGAAUCUUGAGGGUGCGGAUUUCCUGCGCACCUGCAGCUCCCAGUGGCCAAGCGUUUCGGAUCAUUCCAGGGGGCUCGUGAUAACUGCCAAGGAAGGAGGGGCGAGCAUCGAUUCGUCAGCCUCGAGUAGCCUUCAAUGCCUUUCUUCCAUCGUGGACAGUAUUUCCUCCGAGGAACGCAAACUGCCCUGCGGGGAAGAGGUGGUGGAGAAGUAACUCGCAGCCGGAGCUUGGG